AUGGGGCGACGAGUUCGGACGGGGACGAGCGGCGCCGCCGGCGUGAGCGCCGCGACCGGCGUCGCGAUCGCAGCGGGGUCAGCUGCCGCCGCCGCCGCGAGUGGAGCAGGGGGAGCGGCCGCCGUGACCGGAGCCGCGACAGGCGACCCCCGCGCCCCCACCAGUCGCCAGCGGGGAGUUGGGCAGGCGCCGCACUCGAGCACCCCAUCCAUGGACGCGGCGCUGGGGCGCGAGUGGCCGGAGGCGCACGCCGCGGCCGCGGGCGGCGGCGCGCCUGGCCUAAUCGCUGGGGGCUCGGGCGACCCGCAGGGGGCCGAGGCGAGCGGAGGGCCCCCCCGCCGCCUCCGCCUGCCGGCGCCGCCGGCGGGAGCGUCGCCACCAACGGCGGUGUCCUUCCCGCCACAGCCGCCGCAGUACGCCGCGGCGGCAGGGCGCGCUCCGCAAACCCACGUCGCAGCCCCCGCCGUCAAGGCCGCGGCGCUCGGCGGCCUGAUCCCGACGGUGAUAGGGCCCCUGGCCCCGGGAGGGCCGAUGCCGCUGGCGCCGGGGCUCUUGGCCCCCCACGGGCGCCUGGGCACAGCGCCGCCGCGCAUGCUUUCGCCGCCCAGCCACCCCAAGGCUGGCGCCGCCGCUGACCCGAAGAAGCUGGGCGACGCCGGCACGGCCGGCAAGGGCUCGCCCAGCGCUGCCGCCGACCCGCCUUCGGUCGAGGUUUUCGUCGCCGCCCUCAGGGACAACUUGGACGACAUCGAACUGUCCCUGCUCGACCUCCCGCACGCCCUCGCCACAGCGCAGGCCACGCUCGACGCGUUCGGCUUGGCCGCAGGCCUGGCGCCGCCACCAGGAGAGCCUACCUUGCCGCUUGUCGGCCCUGCUGGGCACGGGGCGCCCGGCGCCGGCGCGGCCCCCCCAGGCGACGCCCCUGCCCAGACUGCUGCGCUGCAGCAGGCGGUUCGCGCAGCAGCCGAGAACGCGAAGCCCCGGGUCCCGGGGGCGCCCCCCCUCGCCCUAGCGGAAUUCAAGGCCCCGCUCGCGUCGGCAGACGAGGUGGACGCGCGGAUCCGUGACUUGUCGGGGCAAGCGGGGCCCGCCAUCCCAGCGCAGACCUUGGUGGAGAGAUCGGGGGGCCGCUGGCAGCGCCCCGGCGCCCAGUCCUGGAGCGCGGAGCGAGGGGGCGACGGCCGCCUGCACGUGCUGCGGGCGCGGGUUCCAGCCCGCCCCUCCCUGAACAAAGUCACGACCGCGUCCGCGCAGUGGACAGCGAGCACAGAGGGCGCAUGCGUGAAGACGGUCAAGGACAACUUGCUGGACUUCGCCUCCGAAUGGGCGCGGGCUUUUGGCGGCAUCAGCCAGGUGGCGCCCGUCUCGGGGGCGGCGGGCAUCGCCCUCCCGCAGCCGGCCCCCAUCGUGGCGUGGCUCCGGCGGGCGGGCGCCGCGGCCGCUCCGGACGCCUCCUCGCGCCGUUGA